ACGAUUCGUUCAUCACUCGCACACUUCCGAACGCCUGUCGCUGUUGUCCGGAAAGCUAGUUUUAGACAGGCAGUUAGCUAGGAAGUGACAAAAACGCUCUUUGUUAACUAAUGUCGCCAAUAAAUUAAGCGGAAUUGGUUGCUGUUGAUACGAGAAUUGGAGCGAGGAAUCCAUCCGAACUGACAGAUUUGAGAUGGAAGGAGAUGAGUGCAGCUUCCCCCCAGACUCAUCAGAUGACCACUCGCAAAGAGGAAGUGUUGCUUCUUCUGCCCUGCUCUCCCACUCUCAAGAUGUGCUUGUCUACCUAUUUGGCGACAGCGUGGUGCACUUAUCCGUGGAAGGGCUGGGCAGCGUCACUGUGCAGGAGUUGGGCCGCUCCGUCCGAGAAGCCCUUCAGGCUCCAGAGUGUGCUCAGGAUGCUUUUGCUUUCUGGUUGUCUUCCCCUUUGCUUGAGCUUCAGUUAAAAACCCGGCAUCAGCCGUACAAGCUGUGUCGCCAGUGGCAAGACCUGCUGUAUCGCUUCACCGAAGCCUCAGAAGAAGACAUCUCACAAGAUGAGCCAUGCCUCCAAUACCGUCGCAAUGUCUUUUAUCCUAAAUCUAAAGAGCUGCAGAUAGAAGACGAGGGAGUGCUGCGUCUCCUCUAUGAGGAGGCCAAGGGCAACAUCCUGACGGGAAGAUACCCCUGCGAUCCCGAACACUGGGCCGCUCUCGGAGCCUUGUCGCUUGCCGUUGAUGAGGGAACGGGCCUGGAUGGCCAGACGGUGACGACCACUAUACGAGAGAAGAAGCUGUCUUCUUUUGUACCGGCGCACGUGGCCAUGGGGGGUGGAGGUUUAUUCUCCACCCUGAGAGGGAAGCUGAGCCGCCAGGCAGGGCUGGAGCAGAACCUGCUGGAGGAAUACGGGAAGAUCAACACGUCUGCUGGAGACCCUCAGCAGCUUCUACAACGCUACCUCAGCACGUGUCACAUGCUGCCUUACUACGGAUGCGCUUUCUUUGACGGCGAGAUCGACAAACCCGUCCAAGGCAUCCUCAAGAGGGGGAAACGCAAAGCUGUCAACGUUGGAAUCUGCCUGGAGGGAGUUUAUGUGAUGGAUGUUAAAGAGAAGCACGUGUUGCUCGGCCUGCGCUUCAGCGAGCUCUCCUGGGACCACAGCUACCCCGAGGAGGAGGGCGACUCGCACAUUCUGUGGCUGGAGUUUGAUGGCGAUGAAGACGGCACCCCGGUCAACAAGUUGCUGAAGAUUUACUCCAAACAAGCAGAGCUCAUGAGCGGCUUCAUCGAGUUCUGCGUGGAGCUGAGGUCGGUGUCUGAGGAAGGAGGCGCCACACAAACGGACGGCGAGGCGGGUGUCUCCCAACAAGCGUCCGCCCAAGAAGGCGGCAGCAAGAACGGACGCGGUGGACGGCGAGGGAUGCUGCGUCGGCAGAACAGCGUGGUGUGCAGCCGGGUCCAUUCCCUCCAUACCAUCAACUACGUGGACAACGGAAAAGAAAUCAAAUGCUUAAAGCCAAAAAGAGCCGCAUCCUUUUUCACCCGCCAAGUGUCCGCACCUAUGUACUCUUCUGUGCAAGUGACAGAAAGUCUGGAGCAAGGUUAGACUCGUACGUCAGCACUGCCCUCCCGCUCCAAGACCAAAACGCCACUGAAAUUUAUGGGAGGAAUUUCACUGAUAUGAACGUACAAAGGACCAAGCAAGGAAAUCUUAGUGUGACCAUAUUUAUCUUCAAGCUGUGUAUAUUUUGUGGAUAUAGUAUUGUGUGCGGGGGUCUAACAUGCGUGUUUAUAAGGUGACAAGCAAAACAAAGAAAAAUCGAAAUCCAUGACAUCGAAAUACCAGACCAGCCGUAGAGAAACUGUCAAAAGCAGGAGUGUCCAAAGUGUGACCCGGGGCACUGUCCUAAAAAAAAAAAAAAAAGACACAAGAAAACAAAAAAAAAUACGACUAUAUGAAAUAAAAAAAAUAUAUAUGACUAAACAACAGCAAAAAUGGAAAAACAUAAAGUAAAAAUAUUUAGAGAAAAUCUAAAUAGAAAGUCACAAUUUUAUGGGAAUAACCCCAUGUGAAAAUAAAAAUGCAAUUUUAAUUUAAAAUAAAAUAAUAAAGUCACAAUAUUAUGAAAAGAACAUUUACAGGAAGUUGGACAAUAAAAAAAAUGCAAUUUUAGAAAAAUAGUCAAAAUAUGAAGAGAAAAAGUUUCUAUUUAUGAGAAUAAACGUGUAAUAUAAUGAGGAAGAAUAAUGUCAUUUUAGUAGCAUAGAGUUGAAAUAUUACCAUUUUUUGACGUCGUAAUUUUCUACCGCUUAUCCGGGUAUACUGGAGCCUAUCCCGGCGGGGUCCACCCUGGACCGGUGGACCAUUCCCACCCACAUUCAUACCUAUGGACAAUUUGGAGUGGCCAACGAAGAUAACAUGUUUUUAGAAUGUGGUGGUGGGGGGGGGGGGCGGAGUACCUGCAGAACAUGCAAACUCCACACAGAGAACGGAGAUUCAAACCCAGGUCUUCCCGAUCUCCUGACUGUGUGGCCUGCAUGCUAACCAUGUGCGGCCCACGGCGAAAUUUAAGGUUAGUGGAAAAAUGUUAUAAAAGUCAAAAUAUCACAAAAAUAAAAUGUAUUAUUUGAGAAGUUGAAAUAUUUGAAACAUUUUGUAAAAAGAAAGCAAAAAUUCAUCAAUUCUCCAAAAGUGGCAAAAUUCAUACUAGGACUUUUUCACUUAAAUCUAUCCCAAAUAUCAAAGUGGCCCUGCGGUGAAAACCAUUUGGACACCCCUGCUCAAGAUCUUUUUGACAUUUCUUUAGCAGGCGUGAGUGCUGCUGUUGAAAACAUAACAACAGUGGACCUCCAAUCAGAAAGAUCAGGGACACCCCAUGGUGGACUCAUUUGGUUUUUGCACAUUUUUGUUGAAAAUUUCUGGCGCCCCCUAUGGGUUGUACUCAGCAUGCUGUCAAAUGGUCAAUGGUGUACGCACAUGCCUCUGCAAAAUCCUUUUGCAACUAACUUAAUUCAAAUUCGACACGCUUGUCAGGCCCAUAAAGGUGCAUGUCAGAUUCCGUGGUGAUUCCUGACAUUUCAAGCCAAUACGACUUCGGGGUCAAAGCCGUGUUUUGCCUAAUUUUCACAACGGUGCAACUCUUCCUUUGCGACUCUUGCUCGGCUCACUUUGCAGUUCAACCCACGAUAGGACAAUUCACCGUCAGGAAGUGCAGGAACCAAGCCUUCCAAGUCCGUAUUCUGCUUCCUUGACUCGUGCCUUCCGCAUACAGCGAACAAACACGUGCUGGCGGCGUCCAGUCAGGCGGGUGGCAAAAUGUCUUUUAUAAACAACACGAGAUAUUCACACAAUCAUUUCAUCCACGUAAGUCGGUUUGGAAACUGACAUUUGAGUAUAUUAUUGAAAACCUUUUUAUGCUGCAAGUCAUAUUUCACUCAUAUGCUAAUUUGUUGCUAACUAACCCGAUGCAUGACACAUUGUAGAGUAGGCAUUCCAACACAUCAUGUGAUCAUUUACUCUUAAUGCUGCACUCGUCUUCUGUUUCCUUCAAAUCUUAUCAGCUUUUAUUAUGAAUAUACAUAAAUAGUUUUGUGGUUUGCAUAUUUGUGUUACUCUUUCCCCAUCAAUGGUUAUGCAGAAGCGUCAAGUGCCUUUUGCCUUACGUCUUGUGUUCUGUUUUGUAUCCAGAUGGCUGUUUAUAGCGCUCGGAAACCAUAAAUGGACAUGUUUUUGUUUCACGAGUGAGCUGCGCUUUCAUGGUUAGCACCGUCUGAGGGGGACUGGGUUGUUUCGGAGGAAAGAGUGCGGCGUCGCUUGUCGAAAUACGUCCUUCUGCUGAGCCUAUGUCUCUGCAUCGUAUGUAUGUAUCGGCGCGUGUGGAGUUGCUUCGUUCCAUUAGAAAUGCUGCUCAGCGUGUGUGGAUGUGUGACGUCACCGGGACAGCAUGACAAAAGAAAAUGUUGUGUUUUUACAUUUGGCUUACUGUAUAUAUCUUCUAGCGCAUAUGACUGUUGGACAUACUUCAACUUACCUACAGCUAACUGACCCCUGGAUGUAUCAACGCCACCGAAAUGGCAUUUUAUCCUUACAAACUCAUUUGAAAAUGCAUUUGUAGGGCUUUGUUACAUUAUUGCAAUAUUGUCCCAGAUACAGUAUUAAAAUCUGUUGUCUGAGUUUCAAUCUUUGACCAAUAAAAGUUGCUUUAUUUA